UGCAGAACAUCAGUGGUGGAGAAGACAACAGAACCAUGAUGACGAGGAUGAUGAUUAAAGUCCAAGUCCAAGGAAACACAGAAGGAGAGGUCAAAGAACUUCACAAGACACAGGUUUAAGACAUGAAGUGAGGAGCAGGUGAUGACACGGACAGGAAAGACAGGGAGGCAGAGAGGGGACAACCUGAAAUAAGACACAGGAUGGGAACUGAAAACAAAGGGAGGAACAUAACUCAGUUGGCAGAGGUCAGUCUGGACACUUCUUUCUCCGGAGUUCCAUCCAUUCUUCAAGGAAAAUGUCUUUCUUCUAUUUACAAUGAACUGACCUGAAGUAUUUGUCAAUACUUUUCUCUAGGUUAUUAGUCUUCAGCCUUGCAGUUUACGCACUGGCCUCUAAUGACAGCAGGAGACCUUAAGUCUAUACUUCAUUGAGUCAUUGAUUCAAAUGUCUGAGGAGUUCAGAUGGAACUCAACCUUCAGAAGUUUUCUUCCUUGAAUAUUGAAAUAAAUGUUUUCCAAUUUCUAUUUCCUGCGUUUCCUAUCUGUGAACAGUCUCCUCACAACCAUUUUUAUAAUGGUUCUUGCUCCCAUUAUCUCACUUGGAAACAUUUUUCAUUAGUUGGUGUUAUUGUACUAGCAUUAUAUACAAGAGCUCCAGGGAUCAUUAAAAAACAGUUCUGUUUCCUCAGGAAAAAUCCUGCUGCAGAACCUUCUUCUUUGCUUUGUCUAAAGGCUGAAAUGUUGCACUUUUUUCAUUUUCAUAAGAAGAAAGAAUCAAAAACCUGUUCCAAACUGUGGGCAGAUGAGGACGGGAAAUCGACAGAACUGUGAUGCACGGAGAAAUAAGACGCUCGAGGUGACAUUUGAACAAACACUGGUUUACUGAUUUUACUUCAAGAGCAGUGACCGUUUCUAAACACAUGCGUGCACAGACCUACUGACACAUUCACAGACAUCCCGGAGCUGGGAUUGGAUAGGACACGAAGAGAGGGUGAGAGAGAGAGAGAGAGAGAGAGGCGAUGGGGCUUUUCCCACCCCCCACAUCAGCUAUAAUAAUGGUUCCGUCAGAAAGCAGGGAGGUGAUAAGGACAGACCCCUUGAACUCUUUACUCUCACUCACACACAGACCACUCUCACACUCACUGCGCUUUCCUCCGGGGCUGAGGAUGGACUCACGGCUGAUGAUUGGACCGGGGGUUCCCACCUCGGAACCAACCGCACGGACGCCGUGGAACAUCAGCUCCAUCAGUUCACACCGGCUCAUGGAGCUGUCUCCGGCAGCCACAGCUGCCUCCCUUGUGCCGAGCCACCCGUUCCCCACAGCUGACGUGCCAGACCACGCCCACUACAUCAUCUGUGUUGUCAUCCUGGUUGUGGGCAUCACAGGGGUUCUGGGAAACUUUCUGGUCAUAUAUGCUUUCUGCAGGAGCCGGAGCCUGCGGACGCCGUCCAACAUUUUCAUCAUCAACCUGGCAGUCACAGACUUCCUCAUGUGUUUCACCCAAACUCCCAUUUUCUUCAUCAACAGCAUGCACAAGCGAUGGAUUUUUGGGGGAAAAGCCUGUGAGAUAUAUGCCUUCUGCGGAGCGCUGUUUGGUAUCUGCAGCAUGAUGACCUUGAUGGUGAUAGCAGUGGACCGGUACAUGGUGAUCACCAGGCCCCUGGCCUCCCUGGGUGCCAUGUCCCGCCGGAAAGCCCUGAGCAUUUCAGCUGUGGUCUGGCUCUACUCCUUGGGCUGGAGCCUUCCACCUCUCUUUGGCUGGAGUGCCUACGUACCAGAGGGUCUAAUGACGUCCUGUACCUGGAACUACAUGUCUUUUACCCCCUCGGCACGCUCCUACACCAUGCUGCUGUUCACCUUUGUCUUCUUCAUCCCCCUCUUCAUCAUCAUCCUCUGCUACUGCAGUAUUUUCAGAGCCAUCCGUGACACUACACGAGCCAUAACAAAAAUCAACAGCGGGGGAACCAGAGACUCGGCGAAAAAGAUUCACAAGAUGAAGAGUGAAUGGAAAAUGGCAAAGAUCGCUCUUAUUGUAAUCUUCUUCUUCGUCAUCUCCUGGGCUCCUUAUUCCUGCGUGGCCCUCACUGCUUUUGCUGGUUAUGGAGACAUUCUGACUCCUUACAUGAACACUGUUCCUGCUGUCAUCGCGAAAGCAUCUGCCAUUCACAACCCCAUCAUUUAUGCUAUUACACAUCCAAAAUACAGAUCUGCCCUCAGCAGAUACAUCCCCUACAUCGGUGUGUUACUUUGCAUUCCUCCCAGAGAGCGCCUCAACAGCAGCUUCUAUUCAACACGCCGAUCAACCCUCACCAGCCACUGCGAGAACAAAAACCACAUCAGGACCCGCCACUCCUCGCAGUCUGAGAGCGAAUCAGCUCGCAUCUCAGACACAGAGGACGACUCGUUACGAAAGCCGAUAACUCGUCAGUGGUCCGCUGAUGUCAAACAGGUGCGCCAUCUGAGCCAGAGAAUAAAGACUCUGACAAAGCCAGAGGACAUCUCCAUGUUGGACAUCAGUCUGCUGCCAACCAGACAUCUGCCUGCUGCUCUAAACACCCGGUCGGCCCACUUGAAGACGAAUGAGGUGUGUGAAUCGACACCGUCCGUCAUAGUCACUUCCAUCUCCAGCCCGUCGGUACUCAACAGUCCUCCGGGUUUUCACACCAACCACAAACCGAGCAGAACCCGCGGCUCCGCGGCCAACGAACGCCUGGAUGUGGCUUGUCUGGAAACAACAUCAUUGCAAUGAACAGAGGGUGAGAGGGUGUAACUGUGACACUUUAACCCCUGAAUUAGGAGAGAUUUGAAGUUUAAGCCAUGCCAGUCUCAGAAUCCAGACAGUUUUAGACUGUUUUUCUAAAGGUGGUUCUUAUGCUUCAAUAUAAAAGUGUACCUCCCUGAUGAGAUUUGUGAACUAAAAAAUGAUCCUUUUAAAUCCAAUGCUCUCAGAAACAACACACUGAACUGCAUUAAGAAAUGUUAAAACCCUCUGUCCCGUGCACAUAUAGAAUAUGUUUGUAUUUCCUGUGGUACAGAUUACCAAUACGACCAGGCAACACUUACCACUUUGUGAGCAGCGUACUGCUAACUGAAACACUAACUUUCAGUUUUUCAGAGAUUUAUUCAGAAAACGUAUCGGUGAAAGUUGUAUAUAAAUAAAGAUUUUAUUCUCUGUGGUGUCUGAUGAACUCUUCCUCCGUGGUGGCCCGUACAGUUUGGUUCCUGAAGCUGCUGACACCUUGACUCUGAUUGUAACGUACAGUCGAAUCUUUACACAAGGUAAUGAAACUUUUUGAACUAUAAAAAAAUUUAAGUUUGUUUCCCAAAGGACAUUUUCCCAUUUACAAAUGUUUAAGGUGUUUUUGACAUGUUGACACGACUGAGCUGAACAUAAUGAAAGUGUAAUAUAUAGAGUAGAGAAUAUGUAUUAUAUGUAAAUUCUCUUCAGACGAAGUCUUGAUUUAUGAAGUAAAAGUUUCGUGUUGGUUUGGGUUCUAUUUUUUUCUUGGUGGUUUGUGUUAUUUAUUUUUUUAAAUAAAGUUUUAAAACAAUGUGGAUUUGUCUCUUCCCCGUUUGGUUUUUGUGUGUUUUUUGAUAAGAAUUGAAAAUAAAAAAGUAAGAAUGUAAUAUUAAUACAAGAUAAUGAACAUUGAAGGCAGGAAUACUUUCAAUAAGGAUACAUUUCCUAUGGCCUCGAUGGUACACUCUGCAGGUUCUGACCUUUAAAUGCAGCUCACUCCCUGAACACUCCACAUACACUGUAC